UCACGAAAUGGUUGCCGAGGGAGGUGUGGGUCCUCAGCAUCGCUAUCAGUUCGUACUUUGACUUUGCGCCGAAACCACGAGGUCCGUCCAGCAUUCUAUAUCUACAGCGAUGGAGGCCCAGGGAGGCAGCGAAAUAUUACAGACGGAGAGAGAGCGGAUUCGACGGGAGAUCCUGGAGUUGGAACAGCGCCUGGGAGUGGGCGCCAUUGAAGACCUGGGAGGCAAGGAGAGCGCAGGAUAUUAUGAAGAGGAAGCUGAGGAAGCAGAGUGUAUCCAACUGGUGGAGGCCUCUCUCAGGGAAGCUUCACCUCAGGUCCCUGACAGUAUUUCGGAUGAUGAGGGAGAUGACCUUCCUGAAGACCCCGAAACCUGCCUGCAGAUGAACUUGGUGUACCAGGAGGUGAUUGUGGAGAAGCUGCAGGACUUGGAAUUGCUGCUGAAGCACAACAAGGAACAGCAGGCUGAAAUUAUGUGUGACCUGGCAGGACAAGAUGUUGAGAAGUCAAAAACAGAAAAGGGUCAGUCCUCCAUGUUCCUGGGGCACUUCUUGAAACCAUACUUCAGGGAUAAAGUGACUGGUCUGGGUCCUCCAGCAAACCACGACACAAAGGAGAAGGCUAGGCAAGGCAUAAAAUCCUUUGAGGAAUUUCUUAUAACUAGCUGGAAGCAGAGAGAGAAGGACAAACUAACAAUCGCAGUUGCAAAUGAUUCGAUCCAGCGACUACUACAGCCUAAACUCUUGAGGCUUGAGAACCUGAACAAAAAGCUGGAUCUAUCCUGCAGUGAAAACCAGACAAAUGUCUUGAUGAAGCAGAUUGCUGAAACUGAGCGAGAAAUGGAAGAAAUCAACCAGAUGACGCAACGGCAGUUGUUGGGAAAUAGGUUUGACGACCACGAUUGGAUAAAGAUUUCCAACAUUGAUUUUGAUGGAAGUCGCAAGGCAGAAGAUAUUAAGAACGUCUGGCAGAACUCUGAACACCCAAGCAUCAACAAAGAACAGUGGAGCGGUGAAGAGACGCAACAGCUAAUUGAAAUCGCAGAGGGAUGUGGCUGUGUGGACUGGGAGUGGAUUGCCAGUGAGCUGAAGACAAACCGUACUGCUUACAUGUGCCUUCAAAAAUACCAAGAGUAUAACAAAGACCUGAAGAAGAAAGAAUGGACAAAGGAAGAAGACCAGAUGCUUACAGAACUAGUGCAAAAAAUGAGAGUUGGAAACUUCAUCCCAUAUACAAAGAUUGCGUAUUUUAUGGAGGGACGGAAUGCCAGCCAGAUUUUGUUUCACUGGUCCAAGUCACUGGAUCCCACACUGAAAAGAGGACCUUGGUCACGAGCAGAAGAUAGGCUUCUCCUGAAGGCAGUUGCAAAAUAUGGAAGCCGGGACUGGUUCAAGAUUCAAGAAGAAAUCCCUGGGAGGGUUGAUUCCCAAUGCAGAGACAGAUACAUGAACGGUUUAAAUCGAAAUGUGAGAAAAGGGAAAUGGACGGAAGAGGAAGAGAACACUUUUAAAUCACUGCUCGAGAAGCAUGGAAUUGGAAAGUGGACAAAGAUAGCUGCAGAGCUGCCGGGCAGGACAGGCACACAGUGCAUGAGUAAGUGGAAAGUCAUGACCAGUGUAAAGAAGUAUGUUCCUCAGCAAGGGACACGGAAAAGGAAGAGGAAGCGACAGAGAUGGGACAGCAGCUCCGAGGAGAGUUCUGAGGACUCUGAUGAGGAUGACAGAAUCUUGGAGGAGCUGGAGCAAGACGAAGAUGAUGAGCAAGAGGAAGAUGAAGAAGAGGAGCAAGAGGUAGUCCAGAAGGUAGAGCGAAAGAAGUUGAAGGUAAAACAGGAGAAACUAACUGAGACCAUAGUGUUGGAUGUGGACCGCUGGAUCCCAGUUGUAGAAAAUGACCAACAAACUGCCGAGAAAAGCACAAACUUCCAAGCUGAAAACACAGCGAUAGGACAGCCUGUGAACAACUGGAAUACUGAAAGUCAGAGUUGUCGUGGGAGACCCAGGUCUAGCAAGAUCUGGAGAAUUUUUUCCAAGCCAACCAGUCCUAUCCCAAGUGUGGGUGAAACGAGUGUCAGACCAGCAGAGAGUGUAUCAUCUGAGUUAACAGUAGUGCCGGAGCCAGAUCCACCUCCCAAAAUUGCCCCGUGCCUGACGGCUAAUGACGCACAACAGGAGCCUCCGCAAUCCCAAAGAGAUGCCAAGCGGGCAAGGCGCAGGCUGGCUGCAGCAUACCUGUCUGAAAAAAAUUUGGAUAGAAGUUUACUUGCCGAGGUCUCCCGCUGGACCACGGCAAGGCCACUUGUUCGGCGGCAAAUUGAUGUUCUGCGUGAGGCACUGGAGGCAACAGGUUUAAACAGCACUUCUGUUUUUGUUCUCUUGCUACAGGUAUUCCGGAUUGACAAAGAACGCUGUUUGCAGAUCAUAAAAGACAAGACGAAUAAGGCUACUGAAAGCUUGCCAGCCAGCAAGAGUGAAGAUAAAUCACGGGUCGGUCCUUACCUGAACGAAGUGAAAGGAACAACCAUUGAUGUAGGCAAUGGGCAGACGAUGGAAAUGACUCGCUUUAAGCUGAGUGCUGAACCUCUGAGAGAGAAACCGAAGACUGUCCAACAACUGCUCAGUGAGAGGCGAAGAGCUGGGGUUUCAGCGAAAGCCUCACGCCCUACACCCAAGCCGGUUGUCAUUCCACGACCACUGAUAAUCCAUCAGCCACUACGGCUGACGUUGCUGCCACAACCAGCAGCUUCAAGCAAGGCACCCGUCGGUCCUGGGCCGCAACUGACUCAACAACCCAAUAACCUUCCACCAGUUCAAACCGAGAUCUCCAGGAUCCAAACAAGGUCUGCAACUGGGUCCACUGUCAAGCAAGUUGUACUUGAUAAGCCAGUGUCAGGUACACAGGAGUUGUCAUCGGGGCCACCCAAGGGACAGGGUGGGCCAACCAUGACUCCAUCACCACACACUAGUCAGGUACGUUCAUCAGCUGUAGUCAAACCAGUGAACAGUCUCGGGACAGCAUCUGCAUCAAAUGCUGCUUCUGUUCACCCUGCUGCAGCCGGACACAGGGGUAGGCGGCUGCAGCCAAUUGCACCAGCGCCACAGCCAGUCAUCAAUAGCCCACUAAUGGUUCCACUAAUGCUACCCAACUCCACUGUACCCAUCAUGGCACUGGUCACUCCCCAGGGUUUACUGUAUAUCCCUCCAGGCACAGUCAUGGGCCCACCCAGUCAGAAUUCCCCUGCUGUAGUCAGCCAGGCCGGUACCACAGUUGUUACCACCGUGCCCCUGGGUGGAGCAAACUCAAGCAUGUCGUCAGCCACUGCAACUCAAGUGCCGUUGAGCUCCCUCUCUGCCCCCAGUCAAUCAGUGAACGGCGGCCCCAGUGUUGCACCGGUGCAGACCAUCUCCAUUGCAACACCAGUAUCAGCCCAGCCACUGAACUCUCCUUCACUGGCAGUGUGCAGGUUGAUCCCACCAUCAGCCAGUUCAACGCAGGUUCAACCAACACAAACACCAGCACCGGUGAAUUGUGGAGCUUCAGCACCAUCCCUGAUGUCAGCCAAUUCCGCAACCUUAUCAGCAGUUGGCCAUGUUGAUCCCAGCGUCCCCACUCCUCCAUCCACCGCGCAGCUUGAUCAGGGAUCUGGAUGUUCAAGGCUGGCUGCGGAUUCUCCAAGCAUCGGGUCUUCAUGUACGCAGCCAAGCACCUUGACGCACCCCGAGGGAACCAAACUGCCAGCUACACAGUUGCAGUCGGACAAAACCUCAAUUGACUUUAAACUUCUGUGUGACAACAAAGAUCCAAUAACAAAGCAGUGGCUGGACGGUGAAGGUGGUGUCCGUGUACCAGGGACACAAACCACUCUACCUUAUCUGCCACCAUUUGCCUCAACUCUGAGAGGUUUCUCAAACCUUCUGCUGCACAAGAAGGUCCUGGAGCAGAACUUGCCUGCCUGUGAGGCAGCUGAUGCGGAUGAAUCAAUUGAUCCCAAAAAACGCCUUGAAGCAGCCAGGCUACUAGUGAACAAACGGCUACAGAACAACCCAGCUUACCAGCUCCUGAAAGCCCGAUUUCUGUCUAUUUUUACACUACCUGCAUUUCUGGCUACAUUGCCACCAAAAGGAACUUUGACCACAAUUGGCUCAUUAAGUGAGGGUCUCAACCAAGACUCCACAGAAGAAAGUGAGUACACGGAGACAGAUGUGGAGAGUGAGGAAGAUACCGAAGGAUUGCCAGAGCACUGUGUCACAGAUGAGGGAACUAACAGAGAGCUAAACCAACCCUUUGAAAUCCCUUCUGAUCUAUCCUUUGGAUGUGACUUGCUGGGCAGCCUGGACACAAUUGUUGAAGAUGAAAGUAACCCAGGGCCUUCCAAUGCUGCAGAAGUUUCCAGUACCCCUGAGGAUGAGAUUCAACUACCAACCAGACGAAGCCAUCGUCUGAGGAAAAAUCCCUGAAAGUUGCAGCAUAUGUGGAGGCAUGCUGGUUUUGGUUUCUCGGAUUCGCUUCAUGUGUAAGCAAGAGUAUAUCCUGUGGAUGGAGCAGAAAGUGAGGGCCAGUGCAAAGACCUCUCCAAAACUAAAUCUCCAAUGACUGACAUGGAGUUUGUAUAGACAGCUGGACGGAAGGGAUCAAAUAAUGUUUGUUGAUAGUUUCUGUUAUUUUAAUGCUGGUGGCAGGUUGCUUCCUGCAGUUGUGACACUGUGAAUUGCUGUUUUAGGGAACUUCUAUAUAAAACAAUUGUACAAAACCCUGGGCCCUCUAAAUUUCUUUUCAUAUGUACGUGGAAAAAAUAAAAUAUUCAA